GGGACAGUGUACUCGUGGGUACUUUGGUAUGGCGGUAUACAAAAAUAGAUGGUUUUCGUUUGGAUAUAUAUUUUAAACAUUAGCUCUAUUUUUAAUGACUUCUUGUUUGGAGUCGCGUGCAACUAUGCAUUUUCCUCAACCAUAAAAUCAGCUGGAUAAUGCGCGUGAACGAGUCGGCGCAACACACAGCAUUAACGUGCCCGUUUAGGUUUAAAAGUAACGGUGUUUUGGAUACUCGACCUUAAACGGAUUGUUGACUUUUAUUUGAAGUCUCGAGCUUGUUGACAUUUCUGCGGGGACAGAAGGAAAGAUUGCGACUUCAGUUUGGAUCACUUGGAUUGAGUCCAUCAAGCUGAUCUACAGUACCACACACACAGUUUGUAGUACCACACUUGGCACUUUUCAUCUGGACUAUCCUGUGGGCAAUAUUUGAAACUUUUAUCGUUACCCUUUUUGUCUUCGGGGAAACUGUCAAAGCACCUUUCUUAUGAACCAAUUGCAACUAUCAGCGGAAUUAAGAAAUAUUCUGGUCAAUUAGUCUGAAACACAGGGGAAUAAAUUAAAAAGUCUUCUAACUAUUCAGAUGAGCUGCAAUUGAGGGUUCUCGUGUCCUUGUGGUAAAAUAAGGAGCAUUAAAUGAAAUAAUGAGGGCGUAAGAGCAUUAAAGCACUUUUUCAAACUAAGGGAUUACACAUACGUCGCAAAAACUCAAGGAUAAUAUUAAACACAAAGAGUAAUACAGUGUCAAUACAAUAAAAAAUACAUUUUAAACAAUUACAGUACCUGUAAACAUGAAUCAUAAUUCACAAAUAUCAGUCUUGGUUUUCAUUAUGAAAUCUGAAAGCUGAUAUGAAGCGCAGCAGAUGAACUAUGCAUUAUGGAUCAGGUCAACAGCACAGAUGAGCCCCUCAGCAAUGUUACGGUCAGUCCCACGACCUUUGAACAAUGGGAUGACACCACACUCCUUGGCCUUCAAAGCUCCAUCUCUGCAAUGCUAGCGAUCGUGACUUUAGCCACCGCUCUGUCCAACGCCUUCGUGAUCGCCACCAUUUUUCUCACGCGCAAGCUUCACACCCCGGCCAACUUUCUCAUUGGCUCUCUCGCUGUGACAGACUUGCUGGUGUCCAUUUUGGUCAUGCCCAUCAGCAUCGUGUAUACGGUCAGUAAGACUUGGACGUUGGGCCAGAUAGUGUGUGAUAUUUGGCUAUCAUCUGACAUAACAUUUUGCACGGCCUCCAUCCUGCACCUGUGUGUGAUCGCGUUGGACCGAUACUGGGCCAUAACCGACGCCUUGGAGUAUUCGAAGCGUCGUACCGUACGACGAGCGGCACUGAUGGUCGCGGUAGUGUGGGUGAUCUCUGUUUCUAUCUCCAUGCCGCCUCUAUUCUGGAGGCAAGCCAAGGCCCAGGAACUUACGGAAUGCAUGGUCAACACCGACCAGAUCUCCUACACGCUGUACUCCACGUUUGGCGCCUUUUACGUACCCACGGUUCUUUUGGUCAUCCUUUACGGGCGCAUAUACGUGGCAGCUCGUUCCAGGAUCUUCAAAACGCCAGCGACGAGCGGGAAACGUUUCACGGCUGCUCAGCUCAUCCAAAACUCGACGGGCUCCUCGCUUUGUUCCCUGAACUCCACUUCUAAUCAGGAGGGACAGGUUCAUCCAGGAGGUGGUGGCGGUGGGGGCGGAGGAGGUUCCCCUCACUUCACGAACAGUGUGAAAGUUAAGUUGGCCGAUAGCGUCCUGGAAAGAAAGCGUUUGUGCGCUGCUCGGGAAAAGAAGGCAACCAAAACCCUUGGGAUUAUCUUGGGUGCAUUUAUUGUGUGCUGGCUUCCGUUCUUCGUGUUUACGCUGGUGAUGGGGAUCUGUAAAGACUGCUGGUUCCACCCUGUGCUCUUUGAUGUCUUCACCUGGCUGGGGUACCUGAACUCGCUCAUCAACCCUGUCAUUUACACAGCCUUCAACGACGACUUCAAACAAGCCUUCCACAAACUCACAAAGUUUAAAAGAUGUUACUGAGAGCGAGAGAAUAUGGAGAAUAUGGAAAUCCACUUCCCGUGUUUUGACAUCUACAUGACUUAAUUAACCGAAUUCUCCUGAAAAUAUACGAAACCUGUGAACCUUUGCCAUUCAUCUGCUGUGGAGGACGUUACCCGUAUCCAUAGUGUCUGGUCGAUGUACAUCACUGUUUGAUGGAAUCUAAUGAGACAGCUUGUAAAAUAUCGUGCCAUAUUGUGGAUGCUUCCUCGUAGUUUAUGAAUGCAUGCUAUGAGUCUGAAUUCUUUGCUAAAGAGCGACAUUCUACUCUCUCUGUGAUCAAUAGCUGUCUAUAAACUGCCUUAUGUAACAAAGGAUGAGAAUGAAAGACAGACUUUAUUUUAAAAAAUAAAAGGUUGCAGUUUCCAUAGGAACAAGAAACAGUGCAUGGGCCUCAGAGGACCAUGCUGAACUAAACGUUUAUGGACAUUAGCUUAGACUCCCUAAAUAAAACUGUUAAUUACAGAACAUUAAAA